CCAGAAAAAUUAAUAUCACACAAACAAAAACAUCUCUCUCUCUCUUUCUCUCUUUCUCUCUUUCUCUCUCUAUAUGCAGGCAGAGAGAGCAAGGGAGCAGGUAAAAGGGACACGUUUCUAGUGAAGCGUGUUUGGUGCCUUGGGAUUUUCCCUUGGACUAAAAUUAUUUCAGCAGCAGCCGCAGCAGCAGCUUCGAAAUCUGAGUGUGCUUGCUUGCUGCUUGCUUGCUUGUGGACUUUUGUUUAAUUCUCCCUUUUAUUUAUUGGUCGUCGUCCAUAAUGCACCGGAAAGCGCCUUCUCCUUUUUGGUUGCACCUUUCAACCUGAACCUGCACCUUCAUCUUCACAUAGCUUCAAGCGUCUUUCAACCCAGGGAAAGAAGAAGAAGGUCAUGGGUGCAAUUUCAACAUAAGAGAGUGGAACUCUAGCCUCUGCUGCAAACUUUGUUACCAUGUCUUCCGGGCCCUGGAUCACGUCUAGUUCCUGUUCACCAUCUGUGGUUCAAUCCUCGGAAGAUACCUCUGUAGCAGCAAUAUUUCAAUGGCUAAGAUUCAUCUUCCUCUCUCCCUGCCCUCAGAGAGCUCUGCUUUCCUCUGUUGACCUCUUGUUCUUGCUCUCACUCUUAGCAUUUUCAAUACUAAAGCUUUACUCAAAGUUCGUCUCCAAUGGCCACCAAAGCUCGGAACUCAACAAGCCCCUCAUCAGGAACAGCAGAGCUCAUCUCAGAACCACUAUAUGCUUUAAACUCUCUUUGACCGUGAGCGCUCUGUUAACCCUAUGUUACACUGUUGUUUGCAUUUUGGCAUUCACUAGAAACACUGAGUUGCCAUGGAAACUCGUAGAUGGGCUAUUUUGGUUAGUUCAAGCCAUCACUCAUGCAGUGAUCACAAUACUAAUAGCCCAUGAAAGGAGAUUUGAAGCUGUUAAGCACCCGCUAUCACUUCGAGUUUAUUGGGUUGCAAACUUCAUUGUUAUUUCUUUGUUUACAGUCUCCGGAAUACUUCGUUUGGUGUAUGUCCAACAAAAUCAGGACCCUAGUUUUAGAUUGGAUGAUGUUAUUUCCAUGGUGUCUUUCCCUCUAUCAAUUGUUCUUCUUGUUAUUGCCCUUAGAGGAUCCACUGGGAUUGCAGUGAACAGAGAAUUCGAACAAGGUAUGAAUGGAGAAGGCAAUUUAUACGAACCCCUUUUGAGCAAAUCCAAUGUGACUGGCUUUGCUUCAGCUUCCAUAAUUUCUAAGACCUUUUGGAUUUGGAUGAAUCCUCUGCUCAGAAAAGGGUACAAAGGCCCUCUAAAGGUUGAUGAAAUCCCAUUCCUCUCCCCGGAACAUAGAGCUGAAAAAAUGUCGGUUCUCUUUGAAUCAAACUGGCCAAAACCACAAGAAAAAUUGGACCAUCCAGUUCGAACCACAUUACUCCGGUGCUUCUGGAAAGAAGUUGCUUUCACAGCUUUCCUUGCAGUAGUGAGGCUUUGUGUCAUGUAUGUAGGGCCUGUGCUUAUCCAAAGUUUUGUGGAUUUCACUGCGGGAAAAAGAAGCUCGCCUUAUGAAGGAUACUACCUUGUAAUGAUCCUUCUAUGUGCAAAAUUUGUUGAAGUUUUAAGCACUCACCAAUUUAACUUCAACUCCCAGAAACUUGGGAUGCUCAUUCGUUCCACUCUUAUUACUUCUUUGUACAAGAAGGGUUUGAGGUUGUCAUGCUCAGCCCGGCAGGCUCAUGGGGUUGGACAGAUUGUGAAUUACAUGGCUGUUGAUGCCCAACAGCUCUCUGACAUGAUGCUACAGCUGCAUGCUAUAUGGAUGAUGCCAGUGCAACUUGCCAUUGCAUUGUCCCUUCUGUAUAACAGUCUUGGUGCUGCAGUGCUCACAUCUGUAGUAGGAAUCAUGUGUGUUCUUGUGUUUGUUGUGCUUGGCACGAGACGGAACAACAGGUUCCAGUUUAAUGUCAUGAAGAAUCGGGAUUCAAGAAUGAAGGCAACAAAUGAGAUGCUUAACUACAUGCGUGUGAUCAAAUUCCAGGCUUGGGAGGAGCACUUUAAUAAGAGAAUUCUGGCUUUCCGUGAGUCAGAGUUUAGCUGGCUGACCAAGUUCAUGUACUCAAUCUCUGCCAAUGUUGUGGUUAUGUGGUGCACCCCAGUAGUUAUAUCAACUCUCACAUUUGGCACUGCACUCUUAUUGGGUGUCCGACUUGAUGCGGGGACAGUGUUCACAACCACAACCAUCUUCAAAAUUUUGCAGGAGCCCAUCAGGACCUUCCCACAAUCUAUGAUUUCAAUUUCUCAAGCUAUGAUAUCUCUUGGGAGGUUGGACCGUUAUAUGAUGAGUAGAGAGUUGGUGGAGGAUGCAGUGGAGAGAGACGAGGGCUGUGAUAGUAGAACUGCUGUGGAGGUUAAAAAUGGUGCGUUUAGCUGGGAUGAUGAAAGCAAAGAAGAGGAUUUGAAACACAUAAAUUUGAAUGUCAAUAAAGGGGAGCUAACGGCUAUUGUAGGGACAGUGGGAUCUGGAAAGUCUUCCCUUCUAGCCUCAAUUCUUGGUGAGAUGCACAAGUUAUCUGGAAAGGUACGAGUUUGUGGCACAACUGCCUAUGUUGCUCAAACAUCAUGGAUUCAAAAUGGGACCAUUGAAGAAAACAUCUUAUUUGGUUUGCCAAUGGACAGAGAGAGAUACCAGGAAGUUGUCAGGGUUUGCUGCUUGGAGAAGGACUUGGAAAUGAUGGAGUUUGGAGAUCAAACUGAGAUAGGAGAGCGUGGCAUCAACCUAAGUGGUGGCCAGAAACAGAGGAUACAACUUGCCAGGGCUGUAUAUCAAAAUUGUGACAUAUAUCUUCUCGAUGACGUUUUCAGUGCUGUCGAUGCUCAUACUGGAUCAGAAAUAUUUAAGGAAUGUGUGAGGGGUGUGCUUAAAAACAAGACGGUUUUAUUGGUAACUCAUCAAGUUGACUUCUUGCAUAAUGUUGAUCUUAUUUUGGUCAUGAGAGAUGGGAUGAUAGUACAAGGAGGAAAGUAUAAUGAGUUGCUAAGCUCUGGCCUGGAUUUCAAAGAGCUAGUAGCUGCCCAUGAAACCUCCAUGGAGCUCGUAGAAAUGAGCCCCACUAUUCCCAGCAAAAGUUCCCCCAGCCCUCAAAUAUCUCCUCAACCAUCUUCAAACCACCGGGAAGCCAAUGGUGCAAACGACUCUUUAGGCCAACCAAAGUCUGAUAACAGGACUUCUAAACUCAUCAAAGAAGAGGAGAAAGAAACAGGCAAAGUGAGCUUGCACGUUUACAAAGUUUAUUGCACAGAGGCUUACGGAUGGUGGGGUGUGGUGUUGGUGUUGUCAUUGUCUCUCUUGUGGCAAGCAACUCUAAUGGCGGGUGAUUACUGGCUGUCCUAUGAAACUUCAGCAGAUCGUGCAGUGGCAUUCAAGCCAUCUGUCUUUAUUACCGUCUAUGCUAUUAUUGCUGCUAUUUCAUUUCUUGUGGUAUUGGUAAGAGCAUUUUCUGUUACGAUUGUGGGGCUUUCGACAGCUCAAAUUUUUUUCAAGCAAAUUCUUCACAGCAUCCUGCAUGCCCCCAUGUCAUUUUUCGAUACUACACCUUCUGGAAGAAUUCUGAGUAGGGCAUCAACAGAUCAGACGAAUAUCGAUCUAUUUCUUCCCUUCAUUUUGGGUAUUACCGUUGCCAUGUACAUCACUGUGCUUGGCAUCUUUAUCAUCGUAUGCCAAAAUUCGUGGCCAACAAUAUUCUUGCUGAUUCCACUUAUUUGGCUUAAUAUAUGGUACCGGGGUUACUAUCUUGCAUCAUCUCGUGAAUUAACUCGGCUGGAUUCAAUCACAAAAGCUCCUGUUAUCCAUCACUUCUCAGAAAGCAUAUCAGGGGUGGUGACGAUCCGCUCUUUCAGAAGGCAGAACAUGUUCUCCAAGGAAAAUGUUAAACGUGUUAAUGCCAAUUUACGUAUGGAUUUCCACAACAACGGAUCCAAUGAGUGGCUGGGUUUCCGUUUGGAGAUGCUUGGGAGUUUAAUUCUCUGCAUUUCCACUCUAUUCAUGAUCUUAUUGCCAAGCAGUAUUAUAAAGCCAGAGAAUGUUGGUUUAACUCUCUCCUACGGAUUGUCCUUGAACGGUGUGCUGUUCUGGGCCAUUUAUAUGAGCUGCUUUGUUGAAAAUAGGAUGGUUUCAGUUGAGAGGAUAAAACAGUUUACAAACAUCCCAUCAGAAGCAGAAUGGGAGAUAAAAGACCGUGUUCCUCCUUCAAAUUGGCCUUCCCAUGGCAAUGUCGAGCUCAAAGACUUGCAGGUCAGAUAUCGUCCAAAUACACCCUUGGUUCUCAAAGGCAUUAGUCUAAGCAUUCACGGGGGAGAGAAGAUUGGUGUUGUCGGUCGAACAGGGGGCGGGAAAUCAACUUUGAUCCAAGUGUUCUUUAGGCUGGUGGAACCGUCAGGGGGCAAAAUCAUCAUCGACGGGAUUGAUAUAACCACAUUAGGGCUUCAUGAUCUCAGGUCUCGCUUUGGAAUCAUUCCUCAAGAACCUGUACUUUUUGAGGGAACUGUGAGAAGCAACAUUGAUCCAGUGGGAAUUUAUUCAGAUGAAGAGAUUUGGAAGAGCCUUGAACGCUGCCAACUUAAAGAUGUGGUAGCUGCAAAACCUGAUAAACUCAAUUCUUUAGUGGCUGAUGACGGCGACAACUGGAGCGUGGGGCAAAGACAGCUUCUCUGUUUGGGGCGAGUUAUGUUGAAGCACAGCUGGCUCUUGUUCAUGGACAAGGCCACGGCUUCAGUUGAUUCACAGACGGAUGCUGUAAUACAAAGGAUCAUCCGAGAGGAUUUUGCUGCAUGUACAAUAAUCAGCAUUGCUCACAGAAUACCUACAGUGAUGGACUGCAACAGAGUUUUAGUAGUAGAUGCAGGACUGGCUAAAGAAUUUGACAAACCGUCCCGCUUGCUUGAGAGACAAUCAUUGUUUGGGGCAUUGGUUCAGGAGUAUGCCAACCGUUCAUCAGGACUAUAAGCAACCAUCUUUGGUUUCUCUAUCGUUGAUUCCGGUGAUUCCUUUUGUGCUCGCAAAUCUUCCAAGAAUCACCUGCCCGCAUUUGCCCCUCCCAUUAUUAAAAUAAGAA